AAUCCAACAGCUGUCGACUGCGUGUUUGUCCGCUAGCCAUGGCGAAUUUAACUUUAAAACGAUAGCAAAUUCACUACUUUUAUACAUCACUCAGUGUAUAAUAUUCCACCCGAACCAAUAAUGAACUACAAAACCACAAUUCCCUCGCCUGACAAUGUCAAACAAGAGCUCAAAAGACUGGAAGCUGUACAAUAACCUCACCGUUCUGGAUUUUGCUGACUCUCCACGUACCUGCAAAAGGCUGCCAAAGGGCAAACUUGGUGUAAAAGGCUUAACCGAGUCAGUCCUUGUUGAAGAAACUACGUCUGAUGCGGAUACUGAGGAGGCGCUUCCCGCACGGGGAGUUCCUCCUGACCACAAAGAAUCCAGCACCCAACAAGCUGACCAUCAAUACAAUGAUCUCCAACUUGAUAUUUGGUUUCUAAUUUCGGAGCAUAUUCCCCCGGAGGAUGUGGGCCGAUUCGCUUUGAUUUGCCAGAAAACGCGAUAUGUCGUCUCCACGGCAAAGUUUUGGUUCCAUUUGUAUAGAAAAUGUUAUAAUCGUAAAGUGGAGCUACCGGUGUGCCUGCAACCAGAAUCUCUGGGUCAUUUAAGAGAACUCCGCUCCUGUGUGAUUCGCGCACUCUUCUACUUGUAUCCUCCUUUCGUGGAAAGACUACGCACCCCCUCAGAUCCAACAAGUUUACUGAAAUUUAAAUGUGUUGCAGUCUGGUAUCGACGGGUCAAAGACUAUUGGUCACUUUGCUACAAGUUUUCGAGGAGUAACGGAAGACUCUCCCAGAGAGAUUUCUUUGAAGAAGAGGAAGUCGAUAAUUGGGAAGACAUCGAUGUAUCCCAACAGGCUCCCACCAGCAACAUUCAUACCAACCCGGAAGAAGGCAAUCGAAUUCUGGUUGUCACCACGGAUCGCUUCUAUCCACCUCCUGAUUUCAUGGCCCCCAAUCUGCACCUGACUAAAAUUAUCCAGCCUCUUUCACAAAGCCUGCGGGAGUUCAAACUUGAAAUGAGUUUCUCGGAAUAUAAUGGCAAAAAAGUGGGGAUAGCUACGUACGAUCCAAUUAAACAGUGCAAAAUCUUGAAAUGGUGGGAACCGGAAUAUUAUUCAUAUCUAAGUUAAUUGCUAGAAGCAGCAUUUCCAUGUAUAAAUGAAAUAAAGUGAUAUUUGAAAUGAUUUUCUUAACA